AUGGUAAAAGGGCGUGAUGUAAGCAGCUACCGCAAUCGUCAUGGAAAGAUAUCACAAAAUGUAUUAGCAGCAUGUAACUCUGAUUUGGAGUUCAUAUACGUGCUCAGUGGAUGGGAAGGUUCAGCUCAUGAUUCAAAAGUGUUAAAUGAUGCUUUAUCAAGGAGGAAUGGAAUCAAGGUACCACAAGGUAAAUAUUUCUUAGUGGAUUGUGGAUUUCCAAAUCGACGUCAAUUUUUAGCUCCAUUUCGAGGUGUACGAUAUCAUCUCCAAGAUUUUGCUGGUCAAGGUCGUGACCCCGAAAACGCAACUGAGUUGUUCAAUCUUCGCCAUGCUUCCUUGAGGAAUGUAAUUGAGAGGAUAUUUGGGAUAUAUAAAUCAAGAUUCACAAUUUUCAAGUCAGCACCUCCAUUCCUAUAUAGGACUCAAGCAGAGCUUGUGUUAGCUUGUGCAGGACUACAUAAUUUUCUUCGUAGGGAAUGUCGUUAUGAUGAAUUUCCUAUUGAACUAGAGAACGAGUCUUCAUCAUCUUCACCAUUACCAGGUAAUGAAGGAGAUAAUGUGGAACAAGUUUUUGAAACUCAAGAACAACAACGAGAGAAUGCUAAUGAAUGGAGAGUUGUUUCCGGCUACUACAGUAGCGGAUGGAGGCUGAGGAGGGGCAGGGCUGAUAGAGGAAAGUGA